AUGAACUUCAUUAUAUCAAGUCUGCACAUACAGGGCAGUGCAAGCCUAGAAGUGGAUUGAAACCAAGUUCCUUUGUGAUUCUAACCUUCUUCAUCCUUGCAACAAUGUCUCUUCUUUGGACGUGGCCUGUGUUGAUCGUGGGAGUUUUAAAAGGGAGUGUUGGGCUAACAGUGAGCCAAACCGAAGGCAUUGUGUCUGUCACCCAAGGAGAACGUAUCUCUCUUAAUUGUUCUUAUGAUGUGACUGUCUACAGUAUAUUCUGGUACAUUCAGCAUCCAAGCCAACCUCCCAAGCUCUUCCUGAGGGAUAUUGGGAAAGAUGACUCAGAUGAGGGACAUCUUCAGGGCUUCAAAGCCGAGCAUGUUAAAGAGAAGAAGACCUUCGACUUGGAGAAAUCUGCCAGCCAGCUGAGUGACUCUGCUGUCUAUUUCUGUGCCGCGACUGACACACUUCUCCCUCUCCCCUCCGGUUCUCUGGGCAGAGCUCAGAAGAUCAACCAGACAAUGUCAGCUGUAGCAUUUGAUGGAGCAUCACACAGCCUUACUUGCACCCUCUCUUCUGUUACCACGGAGAUGAUCCAGUGGUACUGGCAGUUCCCUGGGGAAAGGCCUCAGUAUAUUGGUGGCACAUAUCCAGGGGACCCUACGGAGAGUGCAGAUCCAAAGAGCACAGUGUACUUCGCGAAAGACAAGAAAUCUUCCACACUUCUGCUCCAUGAUGUCACUCUGGCAGAGGCUGCAUUCUACUUCUGCGCUCUGAACACAGACAUAAUCCUCACCAUGAUCUCCAUGUCUGUGUGUAUGAUGUUCUUGGCUGCAACUUUAAAAGGGACUGUUGGACAGUCAGUGGACCAAACAGAAGGCACUGUGGUUGUCAACCAAGGAGACCCUAUCUUUCUUCACUGUUCCUAUAAAUCAUCUGGCAUUAUGUAUCCGUUCUGGUACGUUCAGCAUCCCAACCAACCCCCCAGGCUCUUCCUGAGAGACAUUGGAAAAGAGGACUUGGAUGAGGGGCAUCUUCUAGGCUUCAUAGCCAACCAUGAUGAAAAUCAGAAGACAUUCAAUAUAACCAAACCUGAGAGCCAGCUGAGCGACUCUGCUGUCUAUUUCUGUGCUCCUGCUGGAUCAGGCCAGUACAUAUUUGGAAGUGGGACAAAACUUGUUGUUAUACCUGGUCAGUUGGCAUUUCUGCCUUUGCUGGUUUUAAGAGGUGUAACUCACAGUGUUAAUAAUGCUGGUUGGACUGUCAUAUUUGGAAGUGGGACCAAACUUGUGGUUCUUCCUGAUCUUAACCGUUCUGAGCCUUCCGUCUACACCCUAUACCCAGAUGAGGAAAAAGACAAAGAAGCCCCACCAGCCUGCCUUGUGACCGACUAUUUCCCCGCUCCCAUCUCAGUGGGACGUAGCAAAGACCAUGCAGAAAAUGUCAACGGUUCAGUCAUUGUAGUGAAAGAAAGUGAAAAUGACAAGGGAACACCCAGCUACGGGACUGUUGUCUGGGACGCCAGUGACAAGGACUUUGAAUGUUACGUCAAUUACAAUGGACAAAUCAUUGACACAAAGAAAGCAGAUUCUGCAGACAUGUGUUUAGGAGAGAAGACAGCGGCUUUUGAGACAGAUGAGAGGUUGAAUCUUCUCUCUGUCACCGUGCUGGGACUGAGAGUCAUUUUCCUCAAGAGCGUUGCCUUCAACCUGCUGCUCACCUUUCACCUGUGGUUGAGCUGAGUUCAGAAAUGACAGAAAAAUGGGGAACGUAUCUGGGAUGCUGUGGAGAAGCCCCCAAACAGAGACCCAUUGAACCUUCCCUCCAGCUGAGAGAACAUCUGCAACUGCUUGGACACAACCACACUCUACCCCCUCCUUGCAUUCCUUCCAGCUGGGGUUGCCAACUUUUAUUCUGGCAGGGAAAAGCUUCACCGUCUGAAUUUCUGCUUUGUUGUGCAACUGUUUAAAGCACAGGAGCCCUGGAAGGGAGAGAAAUGUUGACAAACCCACUUCCUGCAUCGUUCCAUUGUAUUAUGCUAUUCUUGUGAAUAUAAUCUACCCCCAACAUCCUGUAUUUUACAGAAUAUUAAACAUGUGUAUGUUUGAAUCCUUUAUGCACGCUUGGUGCUUUAUGAAUUUGUGGCUUCUGCCUCCCCUCUCUCUUGAGUCAUGUUAAUGAUUGUUUUGUAAUGCUUUUAAAUGUUUUUAUGCUGCUGUAGACCACCCUGAUGUUUUGCAAGAGAGCGACAUAGAAAUACUUCUAUAAAUAAACAAGUAAACAAUAA